AUGAGGACCAUGUUUGUGGUGUUGGCUCUUGCCCUGCUGGUGAUGGGUGGUUCCGCCCUAAAAUGUAACAACUGUGUACCCUUGACCGCUGGUGGCAAAUGUAGAAACACCAUUGAAACAUGUGGAUAUAAUAAAGACGCCUGUGUCACUGCUAUGUUCACCACCUACCCAUUUAACUACUUCAAGAGAUGCAUCAAACUGUCUGACUGCCUUCUGCUUCAGGGCAGUCCUGGGAUCAAUGCUGUAUGCUGUCAGAGAGACCUUUGCAAUUAG